CCAUGUUGGAAAGUUGAAAAAGUCUCCUCGCGAGAAGGAUAAACAAUCCAAGGUUUAUAUUGAGAUGUAAAUUGAAAAUUUGUUUAUCAAGAUUGAAUUCUUAAAAGACUUUUUAAAGGAACUAUGGAAAGCUGAAGCACAGCGAGAGUUAACUACUGCAACAAAUUUGUAAGCAAAUUCAACUUUCUGAACUUUGCAUCGCUAACAUGUCUUCUUCCACGAAACACAACAACAGCCCGGCAAUGGACAAGUCAUGGUUUCAAGACACAAAGACUGGCAACGAGAAACAAGCCCACUAUUUUGUGCAAAUUCGCAAGCUUCAGGACGAACUUAUUCACCGUGAACAGCACAAUCUCAUCAACGCCAUGGAACGUUUAAAACAACUCACGUACCCUCGAAAAAGGCCAAUGAUUCGAAAUUUCGACAUCAAUACUUCCUCGGAUCCUCCUUCUAUGCAAAACUUCCCCGCAAGAAAUUUAAACUUGAGGAAAGAGGCGAAACACAAGGCCAUACAAGGAAAGGAACAGUCUGAGAUAAAACCUCUGUCUGGAAAACCAUUGAUCAGCAAACCCAGUGACAAGAAACAGGCUUCAUGUUACCAUCAUUUCUUUGUAAUGCCUCCACUUCUUAGUGAUAGAGACAUUGCAACGAUUGUGCAUAAUGCA